CUGCGACCAAGUUACAGGAUGAGGCAUUUGGCAAUAAACGAGUGGGAUUUACCUGAUUGUUGCAAGAGGAGCGACUUUUGAAGAGAGAGCGGGUCCAUCAGGAAAACCGUUGUGCAUUGUUUGUGAAAACACUUUCUCGCAUAAUAGAAGACAUGAUCUUAAUAGACACUAUAAAAAAACAAAAUCAGACUGAAGUAGAAGGAAAACUGAAGCUAGUGCUUGGGUCUGAGUUACAGAAAGAUAAUGUGAUAAAGAAAAAGGAAGAAAACAAAAUAUAUUAAAAGUCUUAUUAAGGUAAGUAAUGCUUAUCUUUUUAUAUUGAAGCAAUAUAUCAUGUAAAAAUGCUGAAUAUGUCUAUAUUAACAUUUUUACAAGAAUUGAAUGGGGUAGAAGAGUUGUAUGAUGCAUCUGAACUCAUGCAUGAAAAAAUUAACACAUGGAAUGUAAAAUGUUGGCCACCCACCCUUGGAUUAGAGUGAUUAGCUUGAUUUGCCACGUGUACAACACAGCAAACAGUGACAGCCCUCAACUCUUGCCAUUGUUCCAUGAAGAAACUGGAGCACCUGGAGCAAAUCCUUAUGGUCAUGGAGAGAACUAAAAACUGCAGACAGCAGUGGAAUUGAGCCAUGUGCUUCUCAAUUUCAUGCAAAAAGUUAUAAAUUCUGUUCUGGAUCAUAUCUGUUGUGAAAUCUUGAAUUUGAAAAUGUAUGUCAGAAAUAAAAGCUGCUCUAAUCUGUGACUUGUAUCACCAAAAAUGACAAAGCAUCUACUGUGUGCUUCACUACUACCUGCUGGUUUACUUCCAUUGAAGAUACCUUGGCAAACACCAUUGAACACUGCAGUCCCUUCAGCCCACAAUGGUGUGCUGACCAUUUAACCUACUUCAAGAUCAAUCUAAUCCUUCCCAGCCCCCCAUAGCCCUUAAGCCCUUAAUCCAUAUACCUAUCUAGGAGGGUCAGGAAUUGAGAGAGGUGUCUAUGCUAAAUCAUCUGUUCCCUUUUCAUCAUAUUGUUAAAAUAAAACUUCUCUGCCCUUAUAUUUUUCUAUAAGUAAUUAUGAUGGAUAGCUAGGGCUUUGAAUUAGCCAUCACUAUUGGGGCACCAUCUUGGAUUACCAGCAUCCACAUUAUUAAUCAUUUUGUAAGGUGUAUUUGAUAAAUGCAUAUGUUUUAUUUCCCUUGAUUUUAAUAGCAGGGGAUUAUGUGUCUCAGUCAUCACUGUGAUGUUACAUGGUACUGUCAAGAAUAAAGAGGCCAUUGUCUUUGAUGCUCACCACAACUUACAUUCUAUCCUUCUCCCAGUCAUCUAUCUUGAACUGAACCAAACACUUCACUACUUUUGUCAUAUUCAAACAAAGAUGGGCUUUAGCUAGUACAUCUCUGUCAUGGAGAUGUGGUUAGUUUUCUCUGAUGAUAACUAACUAUACCUAGAUUCAUUUGCUGCUGAACCUCUCAUUUGUGCCUUUGCUGGUCUAACUUUGUCCAUUCCAAAGUACUCCUGCCCAGACUUACUCAUUGAACUUAAUAAUCUACAGGCAGCUUAUAUCUUGACUUAUUUACCCUUUUGGUUACCAACCAGAGGGGUACAGUGGGAAGAACACACCACUUUCCCCUCUCAGCCCUACAACCACCAUUAAUUAAGCAUGUUCAGGCUGCAUUCAUGUUAGUCACUAAAAGUGGCCACGUUUAAAUUCCUGGAUUUGUCUCUGUUGCUGACUAACUGACACUUCGUUAAGUAACAUCAACUUUUAAAUUUUUCGUAUUUUCAGAUUCUACCAUGGGUUUCUCAGUUCUUAACGCAGUUAUCUCUGGGUUGGCCUUUUGAUCACUCCUGCUUUCAUCAGUCUAGAAUUGGUCACCAUGUUUUCAGCUACUAAACUCUUUAAGAUUCUGAGAUCACAAACAAGAGAAAUUCUGCAGAUGCUGGAAAUCUGAGCAACACAUAAAAUGCUGGAGGAACUCGGCAGGCCAGAAUGAUUCCAGUGACAGAACUAUCGUAUUUUGGGGAACAAGACCCAGCAUUCAAAAUCCUGAAGCCCUGGUGGGAUGUAUUUGCAGAGUAUCUGACCCUUCUUAUGGUUCUGGUGUCAAUGUUUGGAGGAGCAUUGCAGGUAUCAAACGAGCAGAUUCUGUGCAUCCCAGUCCCAGAGGGCCUCUCCAUUCAGAAGCGUCAAUGGAACCACACUGUUUUGGAAGGACUUAAGCUUGAUGUGUUUGCCUCUGGAUUCCAGACUGGUCUAGAUGUUCAGCAGUAUUACCUUAUUAAUCAGUGGUGCUAUGAUAAUGCUGUGAUAUGGUUUUCUAAAUAUUUCCCUUAUCUAGUCCUUCUACAUUCUUUGAUAUUCCUCAUCAGUAGUAACUUCUGGUUUAAAUUUCCAGGCACAAGUUCUAAGAUAGAGCACUUUAUCACUGUCCUUGGGAAAUGCCUUGACUCUCCAUGGACUACUAAAGCACUGUCAGAAACUGUGUAUGAGGAGUCCACCCCCAGGGUGCCUAUAGUCUCUGAAUCCAGCACAGAUCAAUCAUUAUCUUCUAUGAAUAGUCCACUGAAAGUUGACUCUUCUGAGUCAUUGUCACAAGAGAUUGCAUUCAGUAAUGAUGUUUAUAAAGGAGACAAGGCUUCUCUUUUGUCCAAAGGCUCUUCACAAGUUAUGAAAUCAGCUGGUGGCUUAAUGGUAGACAAUUCUUCAGUGAAAAUUCUGGAUAAAAAGGAAGGUGAGCAGGCCAAAUCCCUCUUUGAAAAAGUGAAAAAGUUUCGCCUCCAUACAGAAGAGGGAGACAUUCUCUAUACGAUGUACUUGAAUCAAACCAUUGUCCGGACUGUGCAAAGUGUAGUUAUUCUUGUCUACAUCAGCACUUUUAUUCCUCAAAUGCGUAAUAACAUCCACUGUGUCGAUGCACUACACAUCACAGGUUUCACUGACUUCUUCUGCAUUCAUGGUUUGUGGAGAAUGUUCCAAAUGUUAUCACUGUUAUACAUUACUGCAAUAGUCUUAUAUAGUUGCACUUGUCUGUACACACUGCAUUGGAUUCUUUAUUAUAAAUUGAAAGAGUAUUCAUUUGAAAAUGUGAGAGUUGAGACUGGGAUGGACGAUAUUCCGGAUGUGAGGAAUGACUUUGCCUUCUUGCUACAUCUUAUUGAUCAGUAUGACAAACUUUAUGCCAGAAAGUUUGCAGUGUUUCUCUCGGAUGUGAGUGAAAAUAAGCUUCUACAGCUCAAUUUGAACCAUGAGUGGACACGAGAGCGACUAAAGCAGCGUCUCAUCAUGAACAUGGAGAACAAAGUGGAAAUGCACCUCUUCAUGAUGCCAGGAAUCCCCAUCCAGGUUUAUAACCUGACAGAGAUAGAAGUCUUAAAGCUGGAGCUCAUCAAAGGAGUCACCAUUUCCGCUGCCAUCUCCAAUCUGAAAAUGUUGAAUGAAAUGUGGUUGUACAACUGCUCCUUUAAGGUAGAAAGACAGGCACUGCUAUUCUUGAAGGAGAAUUUGAUAACUCUACGUGUACGAUUUGGUAUUGCUGAUGAAAUACCCCCAUGGAUAUUUACCUUGAAGAAUUUACAUGUGCUCUACAUUGAAGGGCAACUGCAAACUGACAGUAAAAUCUCCACAGCCCUGCAGAUGUUUUGUGAGCUGCCAAACAUAGAUACCUUGCAUCUGAAGACCAAUGUAACCAAGCUCCCAAAUGCAAUUUUAGAUAUGGCCAAUCACUUGCUGUGCUUAAUAAUUCACAAUGAAGGAGUAAAAAUAACAUCAUUAACAAAUAUCAAGAAGCUCUUUGGCCUCACUCUGCUGAGAUUGCUCCACUGCAAUUUAGAAAGAAUCCCUAGUGCCAUCUUUAGUCUGACCAAUUUACAGGAACUUGACCUCAAAGACAACAACCUAAGUUCAUUGGAAGAGCUUGCCAGUUGUCAAAACCUCCGAAAGCUUAGCUGCCUAAGGUUGUGGCAUAACAAUAUCACUUCCAUUCCUGUUCACAUUGCCAAAAUUCCAAAACUUGAAAUGCUCUAUCUCAAUAAGAACAAGAUUGAAUUCUUGUCCCCAAGUAUAUUUAAACUAACGAAACUUCUCUUCCUAGAUGUUUCCCACAAUCACAUUUCAAAGAUCCCUCCUGAGAUUGACCAACUGGCAGAGUUGCAACAUUUUGCUAUAGAAUGCAAUAAAGUGGCUGAACUUCCUGAAUCCCUCUUCUCCUGCACCAAACUGCGAGUUCUCAACCUUUCGCACAAUAACCUGACUUUUCUCUCACCCUCUAUUGGACGUCUGCGGCAACUGCAUCUCCUGGAUCUUAAAGUCAAUAAAUUGGAUAAACUUCCAGCUGAGUUGGGACAAUGCACUUCUCUCCGGAAGACCCAGCUGUUUGUAGAGGAUGACAUUUUUAAAACAUUGCCUCUGAACAUCAGGGAGCAGAUCACAAAUACGUCAUAAAUCUGAGAUAUGAAAUGUUAUUCUGAAGAACCACCUGACAUUCCUGGUAAGAACUCAUCUCGAAAAUAUUCCUGUGCCUAUCAUUCUACCAACACUAUGCUACGAAAAAAGUUCUUUGGGAUUCAUAUUUUUCCUGUAAUCGGACAAUGGAUAGUUAUGAUGAGAUGUGGAAAAAGGUAAUGAAAACUCAAAAAGUAAUAACAAUUAUGAGUAAGACUUGAGGUCAAUGACAAAAAAAAUUCACUGAUUGUUACAUCAGCAUUAAUAGAAUGAAAAAGAAAAUUAGCACUUAUUAAAUAAAGAUGUGAAGUAAAACUAUCCUACAAUAUACAAUACUUUAUUUUCUGAUUAUUGGGGCUCAGUUAUCUCCAAUAAUUUAGAAUCAAUACACUGAUUAGUACACUGAAAAAACAAAAAGAUAGUAACUUUCUUUGCAGGAAAUCUGAAGUUAAUGUUGGUAUCAAUCAGCAGGUCAGCUAGGAUCAGUGAAAAGAGAAACAAAAGAUCAAGAGUUCUUUAGAACUGAACUGAAGGCUUUUUCUAGGGAUGCUGCUUGACCUUUUGUGCUUUUAGCAUUUUUUUAGAAUGUCAAUAUGGAUACCAUGAUCUAUGUAAUCUGAGUCA